UAUACAUCAAGAAUACAGUUUAAAAAUAAAACUUAUCUACAAGUGCUGCUACAAUAAACUAUUAAUACAAUUUGUGAAUCGAUAAAUAAUUCAAAAUUCAUAACAAAUUGUUCAUAAAGUUAAAGUGAAAAAUUGUGCGUGUAAAGUGUAAUUCAAAAAAGGGCGCUAAAUCUCUACAUUUCCUAAGUACCAAGGCGUUUGGUUAAAGUACGCAUAAAGUCAAACACAGUGCGUUCAAAGUCAAAUAAUUGAAAAUAGCCAAGAGCGCGUAAAGUGUAAUAGAGUACGUAUAAAGUGGAAUUAUCUAAAGUGAUAAACAGCGAAGUUGCGAAGUGCGCUAAAAGUGAAACAGUGCGCUUAAAGUGAAACAGUGCGUGUAAAGUGGAAUUAUUCAAAGUGAAAAGGACAAAAUAAGCAGUAUUGGUGACACAAGUGGAUGUAUUGAUGGUGUGGUCGGAGGAACGAAUGCGGGCACACGGCCCCCCCGGCCGGCAGGUCAAUGACAUCGCCGGCGUAUUAUGUGCUGUUUUUAGCACUUGCAUGUUGCUGCAUUCAAGGCACUUCCAACACAGCUGAUUAUGACAGUACUGACAAGAGAUUAAACAUUACAAUGAAGACGCAACAUAGGACCAAUGUAAAUAAUAUUUUAAUUAAUUCUAAUUAUGAUGAAAUUUAUACUGAGAAUGUUUUAGAGCACAAUUUAAAUAUACAUAAGCGUAAUAUAGAGGGGUUUGAGAGAGAGAAGAAUAGUGGUUUCGAUAUCUAUGUGCCAAGGAAGAGGGUUAAAAGGGAAGAUGAACCAGACCCUAGGUGUGAAUCGUUUAUGUUCAGUAAUAAGGACCAGAAGUAUAUAUCGCACCCGUACGGUGGGGACAGCAAGAACAACUAUUAUUAUAGUAAUUUGAACUGCGUCACUGUUAUAAGUGCCGACGAGGGUAAAGUGGUGGAAUUAACAUUUGUGGAUAUGUUUCACAUCGAAUACCACCCUGAGUGUAGCUAUGAUUUUUUAGAAAUUCGUGACGGCCUUAAAGGCUACGCCAAACUGAUAGACAAGGUAUGUGGCGAGGCGUUCCCACGGCAAAUACGGACCACUGGGCCAAACGCCUGGCUGAAGUUCCACUCUGAUGAUACCAUAGAGUAUGAAGGCUUCAGGAUAAGCAUCAACUUCAUUGAGUUAAGUACUAGUGUAAGCAUACCAAACUCCUGCUACAAAGAUCUAUCAGGGAUGCACGGGAUCAUAGACACGUCUAAAAUAGAUCAAGACUGUUUGACGCGGAGUGCUAACCAGAAUUUGGAUGUGUUGUGGACAAUAAACACGCCAGCUAAUACUAAGAUCUAUUUAAAUUUCACACACUAUGCUCUCGUGAAGCCAAAUGAAUGUGAAGACAAUGUCGUCGAGGUUUUUGGAUACACACUGGAAUAUGAAGCGAGGUUAGCCCAUUAUUGCGGUUCAGUGGCCAACGCAAUAACAACCAAGGAUGACACAAAUAAGGGCAAAGAAGAUAAAGGGAAUAUCAUGUAUGUACGUUUGUUCACUUCAAAGGCGGGCAGAGGAUCCUCCUUCAACGCGACCUUCACCGCGUUCAGGAGUUUGGACCCUAAUAGAGAUGAGAAAUGUGACCCUGACACCGAAUUCGACUGUGCAGACAAUACAUGUAUAGAUAUAAAAUUAAAAUGUGACAACUACGCACAUUGUCGACUAAAGGCUGAUGAGGAGCAGGAUAUUUGUAAGGUUGCCAAAGAGUCAAUGCUCAAACAGCCACACAUCUUGGUUAUUCUUAUAAUAUUUUCACUCAUUCUAUCUGGUAUGAGCUUCGUGUUCCUUUUCAAGUGUAUAAGAAAGCUGUAUCAAGACCAUAAGAUUAUUAAAGAGCACAUACGACAAUCAUGUGAGGAUCGUCUAGACAGUCUGGUCAGCAGUCGUCUUACAUUAGAUGCUAAGCGGUUGCAAAGAGAUAGCGAACCUAGAGCCAGUCUCGAGAGAGACAAUCAUACGAAUGAAAUGUUCAAACAGCAGAGGAAAUAUUCGCAACAAAAGAUUAGGCCCACAAGUAUAGACUCAGACUUCAUACAAGAAACACGUCUGGACUUAGAAGACGAACCCUGGAGGCGUGAAGUUGAAACUGUACAUGAAGAUGACGUUAAAAUAGAAAGAAAUGCUAAGAGAAAGAGUGACAUCAGCAAGAAAGAAGAGUCAAUGAGAAGAAAGGAAACAGAAGAGAAGAAAGAAAUAAGAGACGUGUCUGUCGGAGCUCCGGAUACGAAGGAAUCCGGGUGUCAGACUAGAGAGAGUUUGUUCCAAACUGACCCUACUAUUAGUUCUGAUGGCUCUGGUACAACAAACAGCAGAGGAUUUUCUACAUUCGGCUACUCCGGGGCUACCAUUGCUAGGCCUUCGCCCCCCGCUCCAACUAGCACCUCUCAAAUAACCAUAGAACUGCUUCGGCAAGUAACGCCGCAAGAUACGAAACCAACCAAGAAAAUCCCGGACCGUCGUCCCAUGAGUACUGAGACAACACGAUCCGCGCCCGACGUUAUCAUAGUGUCCAAACCGCUUCGCUGAGGAUGACCGUCGGGGCCUCCCGCUGGGGCCCCGACUUACCCCCAUUUGUCCCCCUUGCCCCCAUGGCCUCAAUGGCCCCCAGAGCCCCGGACCUGCCCCGAGGGCCAUACUUGCCUAGACCCCCCCAUCGAUACCUCCAACGGCUACUACAGCCAAUACUUCCGCGAACCAAAAGUCAUAUACGACUAUUGCCUCAAAAGUGACUGUGAGAAAUCGAAAACACUGCCGCGUAAUUAUUCGAGCGUAGAGUUUAAGAGGAGUAGGAGUGUGUGUUUCUAUGGUGUUGAUGAUACGCCUAGGAAAAAGACUUUCGUGGUCAGGGCUGACGUCGAGCCGCAUAGAUAACAAUAGGUUUAGGGUUGCCACGAGUUUGUUUUGCGGAUUAUAUACGUAUUUUUUAAGAUUUAAUAUUUAUUGUUUACUUUUUUUUAUACCUAACUGAAUUGUUAAUGAAUCAAAUUUUUUUAUUGUAAUAAUUUUCAUAUUUACUAAUUAUUUUGAAUGGACAGAAAAGUUAAAUAUUGUAAUAUUGUAUAAGUUUAAACUUUUAUCUCAGUUUCUACUUAUAUGGAAUGUACAUAUAUAUAAUAUAUUAUAGAAAUUAAUGUUCUUAUUUAUGUAUUUAUGUUGACUUUUUUGGACGUAUAUUUUAACUUAUAUAAUAAAAAUAUUGUAUUGUAUUAUUAAUAUCAAUGUUAUAAUUAUUGUUAUUUAUGUUGUUAGAAUUGAUAUUUUAUAAUCGAUAAAUAAUCCAAUAGUCAGGUGGUCAGGAGGCUUUAAUUUGUCGUGUUUUCUAUUUGUGAUUUUUAAUAUAUUCUUUGCAAUUUACUGCUGUUAUCAAAAUUAUUCAGGAUUAUCAUUGUAUGUACAUUUUAGUAUACCAACUUAUUAAAAUAAUUUCACGAAGAUUAUAAAUUAAAAUUCGUCUGCCUCUUUCAUUUUAAAGUCAAUAUCUAAGAAAAUUUGUAAGAUUUAUUAAAAAAGUUUGUAAUUAAGGGCUAAGAAGAUUUUAAUUAUUGUAUUCUUUGUCACUUCUGAAAAUAUUUGUUAAAAAUGAAUUGUU